AUGGAUACCUCCAAACAAGUUUCAGUUCCGGCUCCAGCCCCUCAAGCACCUCCGGCUACUCCUGCUCCUGCUGCUCCUCCUGCUUCUGCUGCUCCCGCUCCUCUGGACUUCAUCAAUAAAUCAUCUGGGGGAGGCAUGGGAUUCUCCAAGGUCCUUGUAUUCUGGUUUAUUGUCCCCUUUGUCUUCAAUAACAACUUGAACGCUGGCAAUGACGUUGAAGAUUUCUUCAGCAAAUAUAUGGCUGCCCAGCUGUUGCACUACGUAUGCAGCGACAUUAGGAAGUUCGCUGAGCUGGUCCUCGGGGGAGUUCAGAAAUUUGCCUGUGACAACCAGGCCAAGAGCGAUGAUGUUCUUAUAGUCAAGCUUCCUGAGACUUGA